CUCUCUCUACCUGUUGGUUGCUUGGUGCAGAACCAUGGCUGAAUCUUCUAGAAUCUUGCAGACAGCACUCCUUCCCUCAUUCUCUUCACACUACAAACCACAAAAGCAAAAACUGUCUCUCUCUUCCCAGACCUGGUUUAGGCACAAGCAGCUAGUUCACUGUUCAGUAUCCACAAGCGACACCACCAAAAGCACGGGGACCCAGAGUAUCCCAUGGGGUUGCGACAUUGAUUCCUUGGAAAACGCGUCGGCCAUGCAGAAGUGGCUAUCCAAUUCGGGCCUCCCUCCUCAGAAAAUGGCCAUACAGAAGGUGGAAGUUGGGGAAAGAGGCCUAGUUGCCCUGAAGAAUAUCAGAAAGGGCGAGAAGUUACUCUUUGUGCCUCCAUCUCUCGUCAUCAACGCUGAUUCUGAGUGGAGCUGUCCCGAGGCUGGUCAAGUCUUAAAACAAUAUUCUGUCCCAGACUGGCCACUGCUGGCCACUUAUCUGAUUAGUGAAGCAAGUUUUAAGGAGUCUUCAAGAUGGAGCAAUUAUAUCUCAGCCCUGCCCCGACAACCCUAUUCACUUCUAUACUGGACACAUACAGAACUAGAUAGGUACCUGGAAGCUUCGCAGAUUAGAGAGCGGGCAAUUGAAAGAGUCACUGAUGUCGUUGGAACCUAUGAAGAUCUAAGACUCAGGAUAUUUUCCAAAUACCCUCAUCUAUUUCCUGAAAAGGUAUUCAAUCUAGAAACUUUCAGAUGGUCAUUCGGCAUUCUGUUCUCACGCUUGGUGCGGUUACCAUCACUGGAUGGAAGGGUUGCCUUGGUUCCCUGGGCAGAUAUGCUUAAUCAUAGUUGUGAGGUGGAAACGUUUUUGGAUUAUGAUCAAUCUUCACAAGGAGUUGUCUUUACAACAGACAGGCCAUAUCAACCAGGUGAGCAGGUUUUCAUAUCAUAUGGCAAGAAGUCUAAUGGGGAACUAUUGCUUUCUUAUGGAUUUGUCCCAAAUGAGGGAACCAACCCCAAUGAUUCAGCAGAGCUGUCCUUAUCACUCAGGAAAUCAGACAAGUGUUACAAGGAGAAAUUAGAAGUUUUGAGAAAGCAUGGACUAUCUGUACCUCAGUGCUUCCCGCUACAAGUCACUGGUUGGCCGUUGGAGUUAAUGGCAUAUGCUUAUUUAGUGGUCAGCCCUCCAAAUAUGAAGAGGCACUUUGAAGAGAUGGCAGCUGCAGCAUCAAAUAAGUCUACCUCAAAAAAAGAUUUAAGAUAUCUUGAAAUUGAGGAAGAGGCUCUACAGUUCAUAUUGGAAAGCUGUGAAUCAAGCAUAUCAAAGUACAGCAAAUUCUUGCAGGCAAGUGGAUCGAUGGAUUUGGAUGUAACAUCUCCAAAGCAACUGAAUCGAAGAUUGUUCUUGAAACAGCUAGCGGUAGACUUGUGCACCAGUGAACGGAGAAUACUAUUUCGUGCUCAAUAUAUACUGAGAAGACAAUUAAGGGACAUCAGAAGCGGCGAGUUAAAAGCUUUGAGAAUAUUCGAUGGAUUCAGAAACCUUUUCAAGUGAAUGUUUCUGCUAGUGGCAAAA